AUGGCACUCUCAUUGAAACGCCUGCUUAAUGACGAUGAGCCUGUGUUGGAUGAGCCACCUCGGCAGUUGUUCAAUGGCCCAGCUAGCCAACCGAGACCAAAUGCAAUGCUUGAUGAGUCGUUCAAUGAGCUAUUCAACCGUACACUUGAUAAUCGACUGUUUCAUGAUGAAAUGAACCUGGAGCUGGGUGACCUCAAUGAUGCAGAACACGACCCGUUUGAUACAGGAGAGCUGCUGCAAGAGUGGGCCGAUGGCCUCCCUGCUGAUCAGUUAUCGAGAACAGAUUCGGAAAUGGAGGGAAGUGCGAAUUCCUCCCAAGAGGGCAUUAUUGACGGAGAUAUGGGCCAUUGUUUACAACCUGGCGAUCAAUGUUAUGGAAUGAUCCACAACGUUGACGUGAAAGUCGUCGGGGAGAUGGCUGCACACGAUGCAAAAUUGCAGCCAAUGCAAAAUACCGCCCAGAACCAGCGGUUUCGAUUGAAAGACAAGACAGACCAUAUCCAAUUGAGCUUUGUCGAUGGGACAGAGUUCGGUUAUUUGCGUUCAAAUAUGACCAAAGGCUUAUCUGACCUGCUCGCAUUGCCAUCAUUAUACUUCGAAGCUGUAGUUGGAACAGAUAUUCUUCGGGACACCAUAGGCAGGGCCUCAAAGCCAAAUGAAGCUUUGGUCCGGGUCAAUAUCAAUGUAUAUGGUCCUCAAGAUAAAGCAGACCAUGUCGGAGAUCACCUAACUUCCCAGAAAUUGUGGCUCCAGAAGCCUGAUCACCCGCUUCGGCAUGUCGAUUAUAAUAAUCCACAGGGGUUGUCAUUUGAGGGUAUAGACCCAAGCAUGCUUGACGAGCCCACCGAGAUACUGAACAAAGGGCGGUCUAAACCUCGUACAGGGGAGGAACGCCUCCGCCAAACCGUUACCGAGGUAUACGGAUCAGCAAAGAGACAAGAGGGCCUAAAUCAGGUCACUAAAGAAGCCCUCGAUUUCAUGAUUCAAAGAGAGACUGGCAAGAUUCCUGAUCAGUUUCGCCUUUGGAAGAAGGUAGUGGUGGAGGGGCAUAUUAGCUAUCAGCACUCUAUCACGAAAAGUAAAUCCAGAAUUCAACCGGAAGAGAAAGGUGGUGGUAUACUGGCAGAUGAAAUGGGCAUGGGAAAAUCUUUGUCCAUCCUAUCCUUAAUAGUUGAAACCCUUGCAAAAGGCCAGGAAUGGGCAGAAGAGAGAAAGUCCAAGGGAGAAGACAGUCACCUCAAGGGCCACACACGAUCUACACUGAUAGUCGUGUCAUCGGCGCUGUUGAUCAACAAUUGGUGCAAGGAGAUUGAGGACCACCUGGAAGAUUCCCUGACAGUUGUCCGGUACCACGGGCCGAGUAGGCCAAGGAAGGCGGAUGAAAUUUCCGCCAUUCAAAACUCUGACAUUGUCAUAACUACGUACAAUACGCUAGCCAAAGAGUUUAGCGACAGGCCAGGGCCCGCAAGAUCAAGCCCGCUUCAUGAUAUUGAAUGGUACAGAGUAGUGCUAGACGAAGCUCACAUCAUCCGACGACAGGCCACCAGCUUUCACAGAACUUGUGCGGAAUUGAAGGCUAACUCUAGAUGGUGUCUUACCGGGACACCGAUCCAGAACAAGCUAGAAGACAUCGGUGCACUAUUUUGCUUCAUCAGGGCCAAACCAUUCGACAGCAUGGCUGUUUUCCGUCGCUACAUUGUUGUGCCUUUUGAUCAAAACGAAGAUGAACUAGCCAUAGAGAGGCUGGUGCAGCUGAAUGACUCACUCUGCCUGCGCCGUACCAAGGAGUUGCUGAAGCUGCCAGAUCUGGAACAAGAGGUCAGAGAACUGGAACUCAACGAAGCUGAACGCAAACAAUACGAGAAAACGCAGAGUAUUCUUUACCGCAAGAUCCGGCAGAAGGCAGGCGAGCACGAGCAGACAAGCAAAUUCGGCAUCUUCCAAGCUAAUCUUCAGUUGCGUAUCAUGUGCAAUCAUGGGACUUUCCAAAAGCCGUUCUCAUGGUCCAGUGAAAAAAGUUUAAGAGAUAGAGAUAUGAAGGAGGCAGUUAUGUCUGCCCUUGGAAGUAACGCACAAAUCAACUGUAAUGGUUGUUCUCAACCCAUGCCGGUUCUUGGCUCCAACAAGGUCUACAACGAAUUCGCCGAAAAAUGCCUGCAUGUCUUAUGCUCAGAGUGUCUGGAGGAAGCUGCUUCAAGCAAGGACUCCGGUCAAUCAGUAAAGCAUUGCCCGUUGUGUGUCGCAUUCCGCAGGGCAAACGACCGAGAUGUGGAAAUGGUUGCUGGCAGCCAUGAGCUCGGAGAAGAUGAUGGUGAACUGGAUGAUGCUCAUUACUUCCGGUCAACAGGUUACUCGACGAAGAUGAACGCACUGAUAAAUGACGUCAGGAAGGAUCUGGACAAGAAAAAAAGUAUCAUCUUCUCAUGUUGGACGCGCACAUUGAACCUGGUGGCAAAGCACUUGGAAAGGGCUAGUAUUCCCUACGAUCGCAUCGACGGAGAGUGUCCUCUGUCCAAGCGACAGAAGAUCCUGGACGACUUUGCGAAGAAGUCGGGGAGUCCAGUCUUGAUAAUGACCACGGGAACGGGGGCAUUUGGACUGAAUUUGACAUGUGCCAACCGAGUUUUCAUCGUAGAACUCCAAUGGAAUCCAAGUGUAGAGAGCCAAGCGAUCGCCAGAGCUAUACGUUUGGGACAGGACCAGCAAGUGUCCGUCAUAAGAUAUAUCAUGAAAAACACUGUUGAGCAGGCUAUGCAAUCACAACAAGAACGUAAGUUGAUGAUGGCACAAAAAGGUUUCGAUGAUGGUAUGGAUGUAGAUCCGUAA